AUGUACGUGCCACAAGGGGAGGGUGGCUACUCUGACAAUGAUCCCAUCGUAGACGAUUUCGACGACUUUGUGCCGCCAAGUUCAGGGCCAUGGAAUUCGGUGGCGGUGCAGAAUCGUACGGUGACCGAUACUAUGCCUAUGAGUGGACUGACAAAGGGGGACAAGCUGCACUACAUUUGCCUGUACGCCGAGAACUGCUACAACGGAACUGACGUGACGUUUGAUAAGCUCGACAAGGACUUUGAAAAUCUGGAGCCGGGUUUAAAUGCAAUUGUGCGCCUGUACUUUGUGGACAGUCCGGACUGGAACAAGACGCCCUCGUGGGCGACAACACUGGAGCGACCCCAACAUGAUGGAAAUGGCAUCGGAACUGUUUAA